UGCAAUGCUACUCUGCUUUACCCCAUACACCCACACUCCCCCUUCCUAUUUUCAUUGAUCACACGUACCAUAUUGCAUUCUUCAUAUCAUACAUCGCGCCCGCUGCACCAUCCCAGCAUGGCUAGAAUCAGAAAAUCCAAUCCCCUUUCCCCCUCCCUUCAGGUACAGCCUCCUCGCAUCUUUCAUGAUUCAGCCGCGAAUAGCGGGCCCACUGCCAAUGGCCAGACACAAACCGUCAUUGGAGCACCCCCGAGGUUAGUGCUUAAAGAAAGUAUAUCGCAGCAGCAGCAACAAAGUCUGGAAAUGGUCCAGAUCAUGCUGCAUGUGUCGUUCGGCACCUUGUUCUACCUUCGGGAGUUCUUACCGCUACCCUGCUUCGACGACCGAGACUUGAAGGAAGCUCAGCGCGAGAAGAAAUUCUCCUACCGUGAGUUUCUCGAUCGGAGUACGCCAUGUCCUACCUUGGACUCCAACGCGCAAAUUCCCUUUGGAACAGGCAAACGGGGCCAGCCGCUGAAGAUCAUCAAUCGAGGCUCGGAUCCCAAAGCGGAUAUGAUCCUCGACAUAUUGGAAAACGGCAUCUUCGAUGCUUUGAGCAAGAACGUGCUGGAAGCGAUUCAAUUGACGGUCCUCGUCGACAAGGAUGCUCCCGAGAACGUCCUCGAGUCUUACACGUUCUCUUUCAAAUACUCUGGAGAGUCUGGAGACAUCAACCACCGUCUUGAAAGCCUGUCCAUCGAUCCAGUGGGACUAGUCGCUGACAUAAAGACUGCGCAAUCGGCCCGAGUAGGCCUGGAGACGAUUGUGAGACGGUUGAUCACCCUCAGUGCCUUCCUACCGGCUCUGCCAAACAAACGUAACCUGGGAAUUCAUUUGUUCUAUACCGAUGAUUGCCCUCCUGAUUAUGAGCCUCCGGGUUUCAAUGGAGCAAAGGAUGAAACGAUCAGGUUCCCACUCACAGAAAAUUGGAGAAAGGAAUCGCAAUCAUGCGGGGUAAUGGAUAGUGGAUGGCACACUGUGGGACUUAGAGUGUCAUCUUUGAAGUGGACUGGCCCAGACCCAGAGGGAUCAGAAGCUCUGCCUCAGAUCCCACCUGAUCUUGAAUACACGGAUGUGGUUAAGAGAAUGGAUGAUGUCGGGUUCGAAGUGAAAGAGAACGAGGCCGCCAUAAAUGUGAUCGAACAGUACAGCUGCACGAAUGGAGACGCUCCAUCAGCCCAAGAUCAAGCUUCGUCGUCUACGCCAUCGCAAAAAGCCGAUGCCUACAUUGAGCCGACCCAGGAUGUCGCCGAAAGGCUGCAAUUGCAGGAGAUGCAGCAUACCCAAGCGCCAGACUCUUUGCCGAAUGGUGACUUGUCUCCUACCCAGCCUAUCAUCCCUCAGGAACGUCGCAUAUCCGAAGACAUAAGCGAUAUCCAACCCGCACAACCCCAGAAGCCAGUCCUUACCGAAGAAAGUGUUCGUCAGAUCACAGAGUAUUUGAAAGCUCAAGGCUUGAUUGUUUCUCGAAUUAGACGAGGUCAAAGCAGCGUGAAGUGCCAAUGCGGCUGGGACGGCGAGGAAAAGGCUAAAGCUAUGAUCGAAUGUUCUUUUUGCCACUCGUAUCAACAUUUGUCUUGCUACGGAUACACUGAUAGUGACGACGCCAGACUACCUGACGUCCACGCUUGUUAUCGAUGCCUUUUGCGACCCAAGGAAGACCAAGUCCUUCAAGAGAUGACUAGUCUGGUUCUCUUGAGAAAAGCAAUUCAUAUCAUACAGACAGAAGGUUAUCCGAGUCACACAUCAACAUUCACAGAGAAGCUUCAUUGCAAUGGCCAAACCGUCGUUCAGUUGACGGAAUUACUCAGAAAGCGUCAGCUGCUGGAAGGAACGCCAGGAUAUAAAAGUAAAGGCUUUGUACGCAAAGGCUUGCCGAAGUUCUUCAUCCCUGCCUCGGAGGAAGUCCAGCAGACGAUUGACGAGGAAAUCAUGGAUCCGAUGCUCAAAAUUCGACACCAUUAUAUACUGCCAGGUGACUCACAGCCACCUACCAAAGCGACUAAGUCGUUGAUCGAUAAGGAGCGGGAAGCAAGCAUCGAAGCGGCCAGCCAGGAGAAGGACAGCAUGGAUUCUACACCCAAGCCGAAGGAACAACGCAAUACAGAACCGGUCGAAGAAACCGUGACAGUGAUUGGCAGUCAGACUCGGAGUCGCAAGAGAAAGCAGUCUCUGGCCACUGCCAAAGAAGACCUUGCGCAGCCCAAACAGUCCACACCAGACCGUCCGAGCGGCAGAGUCACCAGACUGAGCAGCCGAAAGGAGAGCUCUCAGUCGACUAGUACCAGAGCCCCGCGCCCAGAGACACCAACCACACGACAGAAAAGCCCGAACAGUCUCCGACGGAGUAACAGAAAGCGGCGCAAGAUCAGCAACUACUCCAAGCUCAUCGAUGUUGGGGCCGACGAGUUCGACGUCUGAGAUAAUGCGACUUGCGAGGUCUCAACUAACGAGCUGCUGGAUGGCCCCUCCGCUCCUAGGAGCCGCCACUAGUUUUUGACUUCAAGGCAGUAUUACCCAUCGUUCAUGUUAUAAAUAAGUAAUACGAGGACCCUGACUCAUGACAGCCUUUCAUUCAAGGGUCUGGAUCAAGGGUCCUCAAGUUAUCUAGCUUUCAGGUUGCGAUUAGGACGUUUCGAAAUAAGGUUAUUUGUACCCACCUCCCUGUCUCACCAACCCACACCACGCAGACAAACAGGAGGGCCAGCGAAGCCUUCGCAAUAAAGGGAAGCCACAAAACUGACAUCGCAUGAAACGUACACGGUUUGAGACGCAAAGAUGGGAACGGGGGUGCUGAUUCUCCAUUCGCAAGAUGGCCCAUGUUUACCACCACCUUGCAGGCAAAAAAACUUGUUCUGUUUCAGAAGCUAGCAUCGACAUAUUAGCAAUAGUAUAAUAUAUUCGGGGACU